AUGGCUGCAGGAGCCCGUACAGCGCGCCUGCCGCUCGCCGUCGCUGCAGGGGCGGACUGGCGCUCUCCCUCGCCAAAGCCGCUGCAGCAGCACCAGCAGCAGCAGCACCAGCAGCUGCGCGAACCCCUGCAAUGGUGGCGUUCGUGGCGCCUGUGGCAGCUGCGGCGCGACGGCGGCAGCGCGGGCGCCGCGGGCGCGACCCCCAGCAGCAUCGACCAGCGGGCGCUCGACGCCGAGCUCGCGGCGCAUGCGCGCUUCUACGCCGCCGCCGCCGCCGGCGCAGAUGGGAGUUAUGAGGACUAUCAACAUGACCACGACGACUUGCCGCCCGUGGCCGAGAUCGUCGCCGGGACAGACGAGCCCGCGCCCGAGGCGGACGGGGCGGCGACGCCGGGCGAGGCGGGGGCGGCGGCGGCCGGCGGCAACCAGGCACCCGAGCCGGCGGCGGACCCCGAGCCGGAGGACGCCCGGCCUGCCGCGUCGUGA